AAUAUCGCAGUAAUAAUUUUCCGAGUUCGUUUUUUUACCUUUUAACCUCUUGGACAAUUUCGCCAAUACAGUGCCUUAGCUGUUAGUUGAUCGAUCGUAACUACAAACAACAAAAAUGUAUUCUCGUGCGAUAGUCCGUUCGUUCUUAGCGCGCUCGCCCGCGUACAACAAACUGGCGGCCAACAGCUCGACGGCGGCCGUAUUCCAAGCCGAGCCGAAGCCCCCUGUACAGGGUGUGAUGCAAGUGCGCGAAGACAAGACCGUCGGUCGCGACAUUGUCGGUUAUGGUCUGAAUGGCGAACCACAAUACUUCGACACCAUCACCUUCCCUUUCCCCAGUGUUAGAUUUAUGAAGAACACACCCGAAAUAUUGGCUCUGCGGGAAAAAGAAAAGGGAGACUGGAAAAAAUUAACUCUAGAAGAAAAGAAAAAAUUGUAUAGAGCAAGUUUUUGCCAGACAUUAGUUGAGGUAGAUGCACCAACUGGUGAAUGGAAAGCUAUAUUUGGAUGGGUCAUGGUGUGGGUAGCUAUUGCCGUUUUUUCUUUUGUCGGUGUCCGUAAAUACUUGACUAACACUGCUGAUGAUCCAUCAUUGUCUCUUGAGCACCGUCAAGCCCAAUUGAAACGUAUGAUUGAUUUACGAGUUGACCCAGUUGAUGGUUUGUCCUCAAAUUGGGAUUACGAAAAGAACACAUGGAAAAGUUAAUUCUUCAAACUUUUUGUAUUAUAUAUGUUUUUUUUUUUUUUUUUAAUAUAUAGG